AUUUAACAAUUGCUAGCUAAAGCGAAAAGUUUGUUGUUCAUGCAGUUGUGAAGUGCUGACAGCCACUAAUGAGUACAGUCUCCCAAUCCGUCAGUGUCCCCUAUGAUUGGCUGAUGGACGACCUGGAUGACAGUUGCCAUGCAAACUGUUCAGGUCAUGGUGGAUGCCUUGAUGGAAAGUGUGCUUGUUUGGUACAAUUUACGGGAGGUACAUGUCAGGACCCCAACAAUGGCUACUUCCUGGCAUUCGGCUGUAUAUUUGUUAUGCUGAGUAUGGUGUCGUUGGUUCAGUUGUGCCUCUGUAUAAGGAACGAGUAUAUAAGUCAUGGCAGGAAAUCACUUAAACAGGCUACAUUUCAUCUGACAGGACAGAAGUUACUAUUUGGACUUACCGUAUUUGCCACAGCCAUUAGAGGCAUAUACUUCUUCACAAAGCUACAUGUAUCUGAGCUGGUCUCCAACAACCUGUGGAUGGCCUAUUAUCCUCUACUUCUCUCCUGUUUCUCCUUCAUCGUCUGCUUCUGGGCAGAGGCAUUUCAUGUUGAGUUUAAACGGAACCAGCCUCGCUUUCUCAGCAAGUCCUUUAUUGGAUUCUUCAUCUUUAACCUCUUUAUAUACUGCCUGUUGUUUGUGAAUAUAGUGUUAUUAGAUGUGGUUCCUAAUGACGUCUAUGCUGAUUUAGUGACCAAGGUGACGAACGGCAUAUUUGCUGGUACGAUGAUUAUAGCUGUCAUCUUCUUUCUUAUCUAUGGUGUACAGGUGUAUUUCAAGGUGCAUGGUGCCUUCACUAAAGGAGACAGUGAUGUUGACCCCUGGCAGUUGAGCAUGUCCCGUCUUGGUAUGGUAUCCCAGGCCAUGUUCCAAUUCUUUCUAGCCUUAUUCCUCCUGUCUGACAUCACAAAGGAUGCAUGGAAACACAGACUGCCAAUCCUGAGUCAGAACUUCUACGAUAUCGGGUUUCGGGUGGUGGAGUUCAGUGUUGCUGUGUGGUUUCCUUGUGUCCUAUGGAACUGUAAAAGUCCAGAAAAUCUGUGGGUCCUCAACCCAAAGAAGUUAUUUAGUACCGACAAGACUGUGUUUGAUGAGAACACAGAGGAAAAAUACAUCAAGGACACAGAAUAUCAAUCUUACGGUUCAUGUAAUCCAAGUGUUAACGAUGGGAAACAGGAUUGCUGGAUCUGUUAUGAUCCUGAGAGACAAGAUGCAGGACAUCUCAUACAGCCAUGUGAAUGUAAGGGUGACAUGGCCACUGUUCACCACGAGUGUCUCCGCAAGUGGCUGAUGGAGUGCAUUGAAGAUGACAGAGACUUUAAAUGUAAAGUGUGUAAUGUCAAGUACAAGUUACAUGUGGGGUCAACGUGGCUCCCGAAGGGCAUGAAGCCAAGACAUUGGCUGCAGACUUUCUUCUCCCUCAUCAUCAUGGUUGGUUGUCCAUUUGCUGCCUACACCAUCUCUCACACACUGGUAGUUACUAAGACCUACAUUAAUGUUCUCAUCAUUGGAAUCACGCUGCUUAUUGAAUUCUCCUGUUUACGGCUGUUGGCUAUAAAUCUGGGAGUUUGUUACAAACGUGGUCAUGUAUCUACAUUAUCAAUAGCAAGCAGAAUCAGAAGUUUAUCAAAACCAAAUGUACACAAUGAAUUAGACCACAGCAUGCAUCCAGAAAGUGAGAGUGAAGCAACAGUGACUUCUACACUGGAUGAAAAUGAUACUGACGAGGAAAGGACUAACGCACUGAGUACACAACUGACCGGGAGUUGUUCCAUGUCUAUUGAGGUUGUGAUUGAGAACCAUCGCCUGUGAUCUAAUCAUCAUUAAUAUCAUUAACUGUUACUGUCAUAUCAUCUUUUUCAAAUAUUUAUCAUAUUCUCAUGUUUAUUUACUUUUACAAUAAAGAAUAUUUUUUUAAAGUCUAUGACUUCUCUCGUUUGCUGACAAAUUACUUACCAGUGUGUGGUGUGUAUAUAUACAUAUUUUUGUGAUUGGUAACUAAGUUGAGUUCAUUUUGCUUGUCAAGUUUUAUUGAUAAACAUACUGAAUAUUUAAUCCUGUUUUUGUUGUUAAUAGCUAGAUUUUGGGUUAGAAUGAUUUUAUUUUUGUAUGACAACUUUUUGUUUUUAUUUAGCAAUUAGUGAUAUAUGAGGGAUGCUGAGCUGUAAUGAGAGUGUGAAGUCUGUAAUUCACAUUUGUGAUGUAUUGGAUAGGUAUAUCUGAGAGACAUACAAUAGGAUUCAUAGCUAUUUAUGGUUAUAAAUAGAUUUACAGGUGCUUCAGACCCUGGCAGACUGAUAUUAACAAUAUAGUGAUGUAUAUGUAACACAUGACAUGGGAUUUCUGUGAUAUAGAUAUCAAUCUUCUAUCAAUCUGUCAAUCAUAAUUAUGACAUGUUCAUUGCUUUUUGUGAUGGAAAUGGUGCUUUAGAGUAGCAGAAAAUGUGAGAUAUGAGUGGCAAGAUAUAUUGAAUAUAAGUGGAAGGAUAUAGGAAACAGGAGUGAGAAAAUAUGUAUGAAAAAAGUGGAAAGAUAUACCAAUAUAUCUAUAUACAGUAUGAGUGUCGGGAUACACAAAAUUUAACUGGCAAGUUAUGCCGAGUUAUGAGUGACAAUUUACGUAAAAAAAUUUGGCAGGAUAUCAAAAUAUGAUUACAAGAUAUUUAAAUAGGAGAAGCAGAAUAUACAAAAUUGGAGUGGCAGGAUAUAUAAAAUACAUGUAAUAGUGGCAUCCUGUAAAACAUGUAAUCGGGUGGCUGAGAGGCAGCCAUCUUGGAUUUUUUCAAUAAAGUUUGUUAUAGCUAUUUCUGGAGAAGUAAGAAAUGGAUCUCUCUCAAAUUUCAUAUGUAGGUUUCCCUUUAUUUCUAAUUGUGCCCAUCUUAUUUUGGGACUGAUCAAAAAAACAAAAUGGCCGAAAGGUGGCCAUCUUGGAUUUUAAAUUUGGAAGAUUGUUAUCAAAGAGCAAAUUAAGAUCAAACAAUGGUGGGCACCAAAAUCCCUCUAGGAUCUCUUGUCUCUAUUAUUUAUUUAUUUUUAAGUGACACAAAUUUGUACUUAACCAAAUGAUUUGUAAGAAUGAUACUGGUAUUGUUGAGAUAUAUACACAUUCAAAAGUCAAACUAUGUCUAAAUGACUAUGAUAUGUCUUUCCUGCUUAAUAAACAAAGAAAUUUAAA